AUGGAAUUUCUUUCAAACUGGUUAAUAUUUGUUGCACUUUAUAAAUUUGUUUCUUUCUUUCUCAUUUUUAAAGAUGAUGUUUAUAAAAAUCAAUUUAACAGAGACAUAAUGAAACAAGUGAACCCUUUGUUCUGCAGAGCAAUACAACUAUGGCUUGCAUAUACUGGUGCUGUAUCAUUAUUAACAUCAUACCAUUUAGAUAAUAAAGAUUUGGUUUUUAGUUGUUUCAUUUCUUUUUUGAUACCAUUUCCAUACUUGGUUAAUGAAUUCUUUAUUCAUAAAACAUAUGCCAAGAUACAUGCAUUGCAUGUUUUCCCACUUUGCGUAACAUCAAUAAUUGGAUUAUUUAAUCAUUAUAUGGUUAAUUUUUAA